UUUUGUAUGUUCCUAUCGUACGCAGUAUAAACCACGAAUUCAAAACUUCACGUUCACUUCACUUCCAUUUUACGUUGUGCGCUUUACAGCUUGUUGCUUUGCGUUUGUAUCAUCAGUAUCAGUUCAGUGGCAUAAUUAUAUAAGAAAGAUUUGUUGUUUUCGUUGGUUAAUUGUGUCGGUUUCUAAUAAUUUGGUUAUUUUUUCCCUUUAAUUGUGGUGUGUUGUAAUUUGGCUUUUCAAGCGUUUGAUAUUAUUUCCUAGCUGAAAUAAUCCAUCAUGGGCUGUGCGGUGGGAACCGUGAAAUUCGCCGUAUUCGUGCUGAAUUUUAUUCUAGUAUGUCUUGGUUUUGCUAUGGUACUGUUUGGAGCACUGGAUAGUCCGAUUCCAAACGAGUUAAACGACUUGAAAGAUGUUGUGAAGGAAAUAUCCUUGACUUCGAAGGUUCUAAUUGUGGCUGGAGCGGUCGUUUUUGUGGUGGCAUUUUUCGGAUGCUGGGGAGCCGUUUCAGAUAGCUCUUGCAUGUUAUUUUUGUACGCCUUAUUUUUGAUGAUACUGGUCCUCGCAGAAGCAGCUAUUGGUGUCUAUACCUAUCUUCAUAAAGAUAACAUUAAAGACACGUUGAAACCGCCAUUGACUAGAUGGAUUCAAGAGUAUGAUCGUCAAGAAAAUGCCAAGCACAUCAUUGAUACUGUACAAUCGAAAUGGCAUUGCUGUGGCGUAGAAAGUUACCGUGAUUGGGAUACUCGUGCCAAUGCAAUCCCAUCAUCCUGCUGUAAGGAUCAAAGUCAGACAAGCGUUUCUUGCGCACCGUCCAACGCGUAUCAAGAAGGAUGUUUGAAUAAGGGAGAAAGAGUGGUGAAAGAAAAAUUCAAAACUUAUCUCUACGUUGUUGCUGGCGUUAUUGGAAUCGAAGUUAUCGCAAUUCUUUUCUCCUUGAUAGCACGUAACUCGAUACUGAAUGAUCAAAGGAGAAGUUUCGCUUGAUUGAAACACUCACCCGCCUGUUGAAGAAUGUUUUUGUUUUUUUAUUUUUUCGCUGUAUAUAUGUUCCCAUAUGUUUUAAAAUAAUUUUAAAAUCUCAUAAUUCUUUUCUUUUCCUCUAUUUUCAUUAUUUUAGAAAUUGUUAUUUUGAGAUUGUUUUCCAAUUUUUUUUUAUUUUUUUUUGAAUUAUGUUUUGGCAUUUACGUAGUGUCUAAUUAUUAUUAUUCUAUUAUGAUAUUGUUUACUCGUCAAUUGCUUCUUUUUUUUUUUGUUGCGAACGAGUUGAUGGUAAAAUGAUGUGGAUUAACGGUUGCUUUACUUUACUUAUGCUCGAUAAAUGAAACGACUUGUUUUAAAUCUGUAAUCGUUCGUGAGAUUUCAAACAUCACGCCGAGUCGCAUUUAAAAAAUGCGCGAUGAGCACCAAAAAAUUAGUUAUUUCUUAUGUUAGAAUUAUUUACUUAUACAGUUUGAUAUUAUCAUUAGUUUUUUUAAAACCAUUUUAACAGCUGGACAUGAUUUUUCAUGUUUUCAGUGAGUUAUUUUACUUGGGUUUCAUUCGUGUUAUUUGAGGUUAUUAUUUUCUAUUAUUAAAUACAUAUGUUAAUGUUUAAAGUUAUUAUUUUUGAUAAAGCACUUUUCACAUUUUGCUAAAUUUUUUACUUUAUGAUAAUUUUUAUCAAAUUUUUAUACCAUUGUUCAGUUGUAUUCAUUAGGCUAAGUGGAUGUCGAUGUUCAGUCAUCAGAAGUUAUUGUAAUGUUUUGAACCAGAAAAUAAAAUGAAAUAUCCACGA